ACCACGCUAUCAAAGGUCCUUUUGCAUUUGAACGAACAUACAUAAGUUUUAUUUUGGUAGGUAUAGUUAUUGACCAGAGGAAGUAAUCCAUGCGGCGAGAUUGCAGCGUUGGAUGAUACAAAUGAAAAAUAAAGCCACCUUAGUUGAUGCUUGAAAUUAUUUUUCAAAUAUCGUAGUUGAUAAUAGUUAAUACAUCCAGAAUUGUUCCGCUCCAUAUAACUAUAAAAUGGCUAGCCCGCUGCUGGAUUUCAGGACCCAUGUCGACCAGUCAUGCAGAUAUUCAGAAGAAUUUGUCAAUAUUUAUUACGACUGCAUGGAUAAGAAAAGAAGGAACUUGACCCGGCUCUACCUGGACAAGGCGACCUUGGUGUGGAAUGGGAAUGCUGUUUCUGGAAACGAUGCUCUGGGGGACUUCUUCGAGUCUUUGCCUUCAAGCGAGUUCCAAGUUCAAACACUGGAUUGUCAGCCAGUUCACGAACAAGCAACCCAAGGUCAGACUACACUGCUCGUGGUGACUGGUGGAACAGUAAAAUUUGAAGGGAACAAACAGCGUUUCUUCAACCAGAACUUUCUUUUGACAGCUCAGGCUACACCCAACAAUGACCAGCCUGUUUGGAAGAUUGCUAGUGAUUGUUUCCGAUUUCAAGACUGGAGCAGCUGAGGCUCUCCCCGUCAACACACCCAAAAAUAAUGUAAAUGCUUUCUUGUUUAUUUCUGUUUUUGUAAUGAAAUGUCAUAGACCGAAGUAUGCGAAAAAAAAAAGGGUUUAUUCUUGAAAUGUUGAACCAGGCAUGUGAUCAUAAUAAAUACAGACAGUAUCACCAAACUAUGUAGCGACGGCCAAUGUCUGCACCCUUAAAAGAUUUGAAUGAUGCAAAUACACUGACACGACAACACUUGGAAAAACACAUUAAAAACAUUCCUAUAUUAAAUGAAUAGACUCCACUUCGGAUAACCUUAUGAUACCAAAUUGUACGUUAACUGAGGUAAAAUACACACAGUAUUAUUGUUGGUUAGGAGACAAGCAUGCCUGCUCUUAAAUAAAUAAGGUGCCCACAAGAACUUCAACAAAAUGACUGUAUACAGUAAGCCAUUAUUUGACAAUUCAUAUAUUAAAGCAUUUGUUGAGCUUCCUGAGUCACUUA